CCAGGUUCAUAUGGCACAUACUUUUGUACAUACAUACGGUACUACUUGUGGUGGUAGUAUGUACUACUAUGUAGUAGCUAUCACUUCGUCUUCCCUGCUUCACCCCGGCAUACCGUUUUUCCUGCUCUCCGGCCUAUUUGCUGCUAGCAGUCCCAUAUUUGCCGCUUUUUUCCCUCUGCCCUCCGUUGAAACGCACGCAGCCGGUUCUCCUUUCAAGGUAAAUUUGCCAGGGUUGGCCAAGCUGGCUUAAAGGAGACCAGAAGAUUAGCAGUGGAGAAGCGCUCCAUAUAACGGUGGAUCUCCUCAAACCGCCGUGCGUCUGCCGAUCUGGGAUCAUGGCUCGGGAAAG